CAGCGACGGCAGCGAACGCUCGACAUGCGCUUUGGCCCGCUGCUCCAGCGCCCGCCGCAGACCGCGCGCUCUUGGGAUUACGCCGCUCAGCUCUGAGCAAGUCGGCUCAGCCGAUUGGCGCGCUCGGCGUUCACUCGCACCGUGCGCCGCCUUCUGUAAGGUCGCUUUGACAGCAGCCGGACAGUUGCUUCUCUGCGUCCGCAGGACGACGACGCAGUCCGUCGACGCUCAUGCAUGCCUCACGGACUCUCUUCGCGCUCCUCAUCUGGACGCUGCUCGUCACCUGUCACGGCAUACCGGUGCGCUACAACGACCAAGAUGAUAAUCCAGUGUCAGAAGAGGACGAAGCCGAUGCCCCGUCGUACGUGGGUCAGGAAGGCGGCCAGGUGGAGCUGCCGUGCACCGUCCUGCACGCACGGGACGCCGCCACGCAGGCAUCGCCCGUGCGCGUCGAGUGGCACCGCCGUGACGACACGGACCCUGAACCCGUGUACGCUGUCUACUUCUCGGGCCGCGCCAACCUAAUGCAGGGCCGCCACCAGCCACGAAAAGACUGGUCGCCACGCGCCUAUUUCGCGGUGCUCGGAUCACCGGCCGCACUCAAGGUCAAGGCUCUUGGCCUCGCCGAUGCGGGCGUCUACACCUGUCGGGUGACGCGAUCCGACGGCAGCGUCCAGGCGUCCAUCGUUCGCCUCUCCGUGCUCGGUCCACUUGAACCUCCCGUAAUCAGGGAUGAAGGUGGCAACGUCGUCAGCGAAACGGCUGGCCCCUACAUGGAAGGAGACGUGGCUACACUUGUGUGCCAAGUCAAAGCAGCAGGCAGGCCGGCUCCCCAAGUGCGCUGGCUGCGUCGGCCACGGCGGCCGUUGACCGACGACGACGAGGAGCCGGUGCCUGGAAGCGCGGUCACUACGGUGUCGUCAGCGCUGGACGACGCAUCGGUGCUGGUGCUGAGCAAGUUGCGCCAGGGCCCGCUCUCACGCGCCGAUCUGCUCAUCCAGCUUGUCUGCGAGGUGGACAAUGGCCUCGCAGCUCCAGUGCGCACCACCGUGCGACUCGAUAUGCUCCUGGCCCCCCUGACUGUACGAAUCUUGCGUGCGUCGGGCGGCGCGCUGACUGCCGGCCUGCCCGUCGAGCUGGUCUGCGAGGCACGCGGCUCGCGGCCCCCGGCGCAGCUUACCUGGUGGAAACGUGGCGUGCAGCUCGCUCAGAGUUUCGGCCACGCGUCGGCUGACGGGAACGUCUCAACUUCGGUGGUGAGCUUCACGCCUUCGGCGGACGACCACGGCCAGGAACUGCGGUGCGUGGCCCGGAACCCCGUACUUCCCCCAUCGGCGCCAGCGCCUUUCGACAAAUGGGCCAUGAACGUCUUCUACAAACCGAACGUGACGCUGAGACUCGGCCAACCAUUUCGUGACCUGGAGAUUAUGGAAGGCGGUGACGUGUACCUGGAGUGUCACGUGAACGCAAAUCCACCGUCGUCCGAGGUGCACUGGUCAAAGGACGGCGUCGAGGACUUCGCCACCAAGACGCUCAAUGGCUCCACCCUUCCCGACGUUAUCAUCUCCGGUCGCUUCCUGGCGCUACAGAAAGCCCGACGCAAUUUCUCCGGCCGCUACGCUUGCAGCGCUACAAACAGCGAAGGCUCCGCUCUCAGCAACUCGCUUCGCCUGAAAGUGCUACACUCUCCGACAUGCGUGGAAGGGGCCCCCAUCGUCUAUUCGGCAUCUCGCCACGAGGCCGUGCGGGUCACAUGCCGAGUGGCCGCGUCGCCAAAAUCGGUGCGCUUCCGCUGGAGCUUCAGCAGCAGCACGCGGCGCACCGAGCUCACCGACUUCGUGGUUCUGGGGCCCGAGAUGGACCCGGAUGGCACGCCUGUGCUCGACGGCGACUCGCCCACCGUGGUCUCCGUGCUCGAGUACACUCCGCAGUUCCAGAGUGACUUUGGCACGCUACAUUGCUCUGCCAGCAACUCUAUGGGGGACCAGCGAGAGCCUUGCACCUUCCACGUCGUGCAGGCUGGUCCUCCCGAACCCCUGGAAAACUGCAGCAUCACCAACCUCACCGAGCGCAGCUUUUCGGUAGAGUGUCGCGAAGUGCGCUCUUCGUCGACCCCGGUGGCCGGUGGCCAGCCGCCAGUGCCUGCUACAGGUGGCAGCGGCGGUGCCUCGCUGGUGGCCGCCAUGCAGAGGCCCUCUCUCCUGGCUCGCCCCCCGGAAAACCUGGUCUACGUGCUUGAAGUCUACGGCCCACCUGAAGGCUCGUCAACCCAGAGGGGCGUCUCUGCAUCUCAGCAUCAGGUACUGGUUCGGAACGUGAGCGGUCCAGAGCCACGCUUUCGCGUUGGCCAGCUGUGGCCAGGCACCGAAUUUGAGGCCCGCGUUUUCGCUGCCAACUCCAAGGGACGCAGUAGGCCUUUCCGUCUGAACGCCUGCACUCUGCCACCGGCUGAAGCUCUGCUUGACAAAGUUCCCACUUGGACACUCGGAUUUUCGAUCCUGCACUGGCUUCUUCUCGUCCUGUUUCUCAUCCUGAUUAUUGCUGCCAUAAUACUGCUGGUGUGGUUCCGUCAACGAAUGCAGCGCAACACUACCGAAGGAACGAACAAGCCCACUACUGAAGCUGAAGAGCCCUGGUGUGGCCAAAUGGCUCAGACGGUGCCCGUGAGCCGCAGCCGGAGCAGCAUCAUCGCCACGAAAGAUGAAAUUAUAGUCCUGGACAAGAGAAAAGACACAGUGGACGUAUGAUCAUCAUGCCGUGCUCCGUGAAGUCAUGGCAGCAGGCAGGUGAAUCACUCCGAGGAUGCGGGGUACGCGCUUUUGAGUGGGAAACCACUCAAGGUGCAGGUGUUCGAGCACGCCGGCGUCGCCAUCGUUGUGUCCCUCAACCCCAACGAUUUCUAUUUUUGCUACAAAGCUGCCGCGCGGCGGCGGAUUCCGCUCAAGACGCACGGAGCGUCGACGUCGGGAAUCAAG